AUGUAUCAAAAGUCCUUACCCCCUGAGACGGGUGCCCGGUUCCUCAGGGAAGGCCUCAGUGGGCUGCAGCAGACCCCUCCAGACGGCCGUUUGGCGUAUGUGUGCUUAUCGCUGUGUGGGCGGGGUCUGCGCCAACUGAUGCUGCUAUGUGACGUGAAGAAGCUUCUCUCAAUAGACAUUUCCGACAACAAGCUCACUAGCCUUUACCCUGUCCGGCUAGCAGCCAACCUUGUGUAUCUUAAUGCCAGCAACAACCAGAUACGCUCCGCAGCGGAGCUUUCAGCAAAUGCGAAACUCGAGCAUGUUGACCUCAGGAGGAACCUUAUUACCUCUCUAGGUGACUGGCAAUUCAACGUCCGUCUACGUGUGCUGCGACUCGGAGGAAAUAAACUUGACUCCCUGAAGUAUGGGAACCUAACGAGAAACAGCUUGCUUAGGGAACUUGAUAUUAGUAAUAAUGCGAUUGAAUCUCUGGAGCAGCUGCCCUACCUGAAGUGUCUAGACACCCUAGACAUAAGCAGCAACUCCCUCAAAAGCCUCGACGGGAUUCAACAAGCUCCUCUUUUAGUAGUUCUGCAUGCUCAGUUCGCUGCAGCCGAGGCCUUCGGGAGCCUGGAGUACGCUCAGCGAAGGGUGUGGGAGUCUCUUAUCCCCGAUGAGCCCUUUGCAGACCGUCGUCUUUUGAAACUGUGCAGCAAAAAACAGAGUAUGUCUUGCCCCAAGAAGACUGCAGAGGGCACUUUUUGA